CAUGGCACUGGCUGUCCCUCUCUCCUGCCUCCUGGCUCUCCUGGUGGCAGGUCUGGCCCAAGGCAUCAGAGGCCAGGACCCAGGUCCCCGGCCGCUGGAGCUGAAAGAGGUCUUCACUUUGUUCCAGAUCCAGUACAACCGGAGUUACUCAAGCCCAGCAGAGCAUGCUCGCCGCCUGGGUAUCUUUGCCCACAACCUGGCCCAGGCUCAGGAGCUGCAGGAGAAGGACUUGGGCACAGCAGAGUUUGGGGUGACUCCGUUCAGUGAUCUCACAGAUGAGGAGUUUGGCCAGCUGUACAGGGGUCAGAAGGCAGCUGGAAGGGCCCCCAAUGUGGACAGAAAGGUAGGAUCCGAUGAGAGGGCGGAGUCGGUGCCCCCCACCUGUGACUGGCGGAAGGCACAAGAUGUCAUCUUCCCUGUCAGGGACCAGAAAAACUGUAACUGCUGCUGGGCCAUGGCGGCAGCUGGCAACAUCGAGGCCCAGUGGAGCAUUAAAUUUAAAAAACCUGUGGAAGUCUCUGUGCAAGAGAUACUCGACUGUGACCGCUGUAAGAGUGGCUGUAGCGGUGGCUAUGUCUGGGACGCGUUCCUAGCUGUCCUGAACAACAGUGGCCUGGCCAGCGAAAAGGACUACCCAUUCAGGGGAGAGGCCAGAACCUACAAGUGCCUGGCCAAGAAGUACAAAAAAGUGGCCUGGAUCCAGGAUUUCAUCAUGCUGUCGCCCAACGAGCAGGGAAUUGCCCGGUAUGUGGCCACGGAGGGUCCCAUCACUGUGACCAUCAACAGUGAGCUACUGAAGGAUUACAAGAAGGGUGUGAUCAAGCCCAAACCCGGAACCUGCGACCCUUGGAAGGUGGACCAUGUUGUCCUGCUGGUGGGUUUCGGUAACAGCAAGUCGGUAGAGAGGAGGCCGGCAGAGCCAGCCUCAUCCCAAUCCAAACGUCGCCAUCCUCGCUCCAACCCAUACUGGAUCCUGAAGAACUCCUGGGGGCCCAAAUGGGGUGAGGAGGGUUACUUCCGGCUGCACCGAGGGAGCAAGGCCUGUGGCAUCACCAAGUUCCCGCUUACUGCCCGAGUGAAUCUGGAUAAGAAGCAGCACGUCGUCACCUGCCCUCGCUGAACCCACCUCCCAGCUCACUCCUGCUCUGCCAGCCGCAUCCUUGCCAGCUGCGCCCCGAGGUCUUCCCCAUCCUCCCAAUCUUCUUGAUGUGGGUUGAAUAAACCAUGACAAGACCCUGAAUUCCAAGUGGACUCAGCUGGGUGGGGAA